AUCUCUACCACUGUGGGAAACCAACUGGAUUCCAACUCAGUCAUCCAGAUAUCCUGGAAAAGGACAUGGACAAAAUGAAGUGCAUUCUGUUCACAGUCUUCAUUACUAUAGUUGUGUUCUGCCAGUCUGGUGAUGCACUCCGAUGCUACACCUGUGAACAGAGUCCUGUAGUGUGCAGGAACAAUGUCACCUGUACACCUGAAGACGAUGUUUGCUUGCAGAUCAGGUUUGUGCAUUUGAGAACAUACAGCUGCUGGAAGUCCUCUCGAUGCACCACAAAAGAAGUUGCCGAGGAAUUUAGCGCAGACAGUUUUAGAUUCCUUUGCUGCCACAGGGAUCUUUGCAACAAGAGUCCAAGCUUCCUGGUGGCCAGUACAGCUGCCUUCAGUAUUUCUGCAGUGACUGUGAUUUGGAUGGUGUACCUGUAA